AUGGAUUUCAUCAACAUUCAGCAGUUGGUAAGUGGAGAAAGAGUUGAAGGGAAAGUGUUGGGAUUUGGACAUGGAGUUCCUGACCCUGGAGUCUGGCCUAGUGACUGGAGGAGGGGCCCCCAAGAGGCUGUGGCCUGGGAGAAGCUGAAAUUGGAAGAAGAGAAGAAGAAGAAACUUGAAAGAUUUAACAGUUCCAGAUUUAAUCUGGAUAACCUGGCUGACUUGGAAAACUUGGUUCAAAGACGGAAAAAGCGACUGAGACACAGAGUCCCCCCCAGGAAACCCGAGCCCCUGGUUAAGCCGCAGCCCCAGGCCCAGGUGGAGCCUGUGGGCCUGGAGAUGUUCCUGAAGGCAGCUGCUGAGAACCAGGAGUACCUGAUUGACAAGUACCUGACAGACGGAGGGGACCCCAAUGCCCAUGACAAGCUCCACCGCACUGCCUUGCACUGGGCCUGUCUGAAGGGUCACAGCCAGCUGGUGAACAAGCUGCUGGUGGCAGGUGCCACAGUGGACGUGCGGGACUUGCUGGACAGGACACCUGUGUUCUGGGCCUGCCGCGGAGGACAUCUGGACAUCCUCAAACAGUUGCUUAACCAGGGAGCCCGGGUCAAUGCCCGGGACAAGAUUGGGAGCACCCCCCUGCACGUGGCAGUGCGCACCCGGCACCCCGACUGCCUGGAGCACCUCAUCGAGUGUGGCGCCCACCUGAACGCACAGGAUAAGGAAGGGGACACGGCUCUGCACGAGGCCGUGCGGCACGGCAGCUACAAAGCCAUGAAGCUACUGCUGCUCUAUGGGGCCGAGCUGGGGGUGCGGAACGCGGCCUCCGUGACCCCGGUGCAGCUGGCUCGAGAGUGGCAGCGCGGCAUCCGGGAGGCCCUGCAGGCCCACGUGGCGCAUCCACGCACCCGGUGCUGACCGCAGCACAUACACGCCGCACACCCCGCCCCCCGCCCCGCCGCCCCGCGCCUUGUGCACUGCCACCGUUCCAUCCUGUGCUCCGCCCCCGCGUCUGCACCUCCUGUGGUUCCUGCUCUCAGCCCCGGUUCCUCCCCCUCCGGGCUGUGCCUACUCAGCAGCCCUGGCAGAACUGAGCGGCACCGGGCCCAACAGGCAGAAAGAGAGGCCUCCCUGGCUUCGAGUGUCAGGGGAGCCGCGUUCCCUCCCAGGGCUGGAGCAGAGGACCACGAGGCAGCAGAAAGCGCGGGUCCAGAUGAGGGCCAGGAAGGGGAGGAGAGUGAGGGCCAAGAACGAGCCUGAAGGGAGCAGUCCUAAGCUGGAGCCACCCAAGGCUGGAUCUGGGAGUCCUCAGUGUCCACUUGUCCCAGGUUAGGGGGUUUGCCUUGCUCUCCCCAGGGCGUCUCUGCGUGUGGGGACUCAGCCUGUGGCCGGCAGAUGCCAUCCAGGAUAUGUAAGGGGCAGACAAGGCAGGCCGUGCAGGGGCCAGGCCUGUCUGCAGCUGGUGGAUGCCUGUGGGCACGGCUUUCUCCGGGGACCCCAUUUCUGUCAGUAGCAACCCUGGCAGUGUCUGGAGCGGCUCUAGACAACUUUGGUCAUAGGGACUCUGGAGGUGGGUUCUGGUUGUCUGAGGUGGCUACUCAACAGGUUUGAGGCCCCACAGCAACAGAAGUCCAGGACCCACUAGGUUGCCUCAGAAGCCCUAAGACUGAUGAGCUGGAGCGCGUAUUUGAAAGAAGCCUCGCACCCACUGUGUACUGGCCCCGCUCAGGCCGGCCUGGCACACUGUUACCUGCUGGCGGCUCUCAUGGGGAAGUGCUUGGGCACUGGGGAUUGCUUGUGGCCCACUCAACUCUUGGGGCGGUGGCCCGUAACCCUAGUUUGCCUGAGGCUCUUAUGUCCCCUUAUGUCCCUGGUACUGGAGCUUGAGCUCUUGCCUGGAACGCUGCAGCUGCACCCACCCUGCCUGAUCCCACCUGGGAGGCCAGGACACUGAGGGGUCUGAACCCAGCCCACAGGGAAGGAGGGGAAGGUGAGCCCCCGUCACCCGCCGGCCCUUCCCAUCCCCCUUCCCUGCUCCCUGGUGGUCUAAGGACCCAAGCUCCCUAGACUUCUUCCUCUUCCACUGUCUGUACGUUUCAAAUUAUACUGGUGUAGGCCUGUACUGCUGGUGGGGCUGGGCCCCUAAAUGCCAGAAAGGGAAUCUUAAGCAGCUCUGCCCUAAACUGAGAACCACAUGCUGAGGGAAGGGCUGAAAGGUGAAGGCUCAGCCUCCCUCACAUGGGUCCUGGGUUACAUUAGGUACUGGGCUGAUAGGCAUUUGGCCAUGGUUCUUUUUCGUCUACCUUUGGUGGCCUUCUCAGGCCCAGAACAAGGCUGUUGUUACUAUGUGGAAAAGCUGACCAGUGCUCCACACUAGGGGCACACACCUUUCCGUGAGCAGCUCCUGCCCUGUGGCGACAGCCAGCGUGCACCCAGAUGCUGGUGCCAUGGCGAAGCAGGCAUUCAAGACCAUGGAGAAGACAACUCCUCAUCUAGAAAAUGAGGACACCUCAGUGACACACACACCUUUUUAUACCAGUCAGUAUCCUCUGUUCAUUAAAACUGGCUAUCCAUUACAGCCUAGCUGUCUUUCCUGGGCUGAGAGGAGCCCAUGCUUCAGUCACCAGGGACUGUCUGGUAGGGCCCAGGCCUGUUAGCCAUGCCUGCCGACAAGACAGGCCGAGUGCAAAGUGGGCAGGAUGCGGGGUCCUAGCACUAGGCUCUUGUGCUUAAGGCAUCUCUGCUCACUGACGACAAGGUCAAAGAGCAGUAGUUCUCCACCUCAGCUGCUUAUCAGAAUCACCAGGAAGGUUUAAAAAGUCCUGAUGUCCAGACCCUAAGUCAGAAGCCCUGAGGGGAGGAUCCAGGUAUUCUCACGCAGAGGCCAUGCUUGUCUAUCUGGGAAAUCCUAAGAAUCUAUAGAAAGCAGACAAAUAGGGAGUCCAGCAAAAUCUCGGGUGCAAGAUAAACACGCAAAAACCUGUUUCUACCUCCCGGAAAUGAACAUGUAGACACAAAAGUUAAAAAUAUGUACUGUUUACAGUUGCUGAAAAAAGGAAAUACUUCGGUUUAAAUCUAACAAACUAUGCAAGGACUUGUAUGCUGAAAAUUACAAAAUGUGAUGAAAUCAAAGAUUUAAAUAGGCCAUGUUCAUGGAUUGUUAGACUCAAUACAGUAAAGAUAUCAAUUCUCCUCAAAUUAACAUACAGGUUGAAUGCAGUUCCUAUCAAAAUCCUAGACGAUGUUUUGUAGAUGUAGACAA